UGCGCGGGGGGGGUGUGUCGGACUUGUCUAGAAGCCAGCGCCGGGGCAGCAGCCAGAAAGACAUUCGUGCGCGCGCGCUCCUCUCGCACGCCCGUGUCCGUCGUCUGUGAUUUCCCCCAGUGAGUCCGAAAUAGCUACAAAGCACACACAAAAUGAGGACGUCGUUGUACUUAGUAUGCGUGUGCGCCGCUCUAGUCGCGGUGACCGCUGCGCCGGCGCCGGAACCGAACCCAGACCCACAACCCAGUCCUGUGGCUAACCCACAACCUAACCCGGCAGACGACAGACCUGAAAUCAUCGAGAUUAUUGCCCCAGCUGCAAGUGCACAGGAAACGCUGGCAACACUGAACCUGGGUGCUCCAGGUUCUGAACUAAGCGAACGAAACAAACGCACCAUCGGUAUACUCCGGCAGCUCUUCCCAACUCUCACACAGAUAAUCGAAAAAAAAGUACAGCAGAUCACGAGCAUGAUAUUGACGACCUUCGGCCCAAUAUUUCUGAAAGCAUUCCUCGGGAACCGUAACGGUGGUGGAGGCAACACCGGCGGAGGGGGCGGAACCGUCGAGCUCGACGACGAUGAAGAUGACGACGACACUGAGCCUGUUACUCCUUCAACGACUACUACGUCGACAACAACAACAACAACAACAACAGAAGCACCAACCACUGAAUCGAGGAGAAGAAAGCGAGCGUUGACCUACUUGCUGAAUGCGAUCGCCGAAGACCAGAAUUCACUGCUCUUGGGGGCGGAGUCCCAGCAAGCGGAGGUGCGAGUAGGCUUCGGCGAAGGAGGACAGGACCAGCAGACAGCCGCGAGUGAAGACCAGCAGGCAGCAGCUCAGACCAACUCGGCCAGUAUCGACGAGAUCACUCUUGAUGAUGCUGACAACAGCGAAGAAAAUAGAAAUAAAAGAUUCUUACUUGGAGGCGGAAGCCAGGGUGGUUCAGGCGGCGGCUCCGGCAACUUCUUGUUCGACAUUGUCAGAUUGGUAGCUGGAUCUUCAUCGGGAACUGGCGACAGCUCACAGCCGCCCGAGGGAGACGACACCAACACGAAAGGAGACAACCUGACUGAGGGAGUCCCCGGCCCCAUCACGCGUCUCUUCAUAAUCGCUAACAGAGGCAUUGCGAACCUCAUCCAGGACUUGAUCCUUCGUAUCGCUCAAACCUCCGAGAGGAUAGUCAACUUCAAGGCGCGAUUGAUUACCUCCAUCAUUUAACGCGGAUGCGUAUAGAGAAUUAUCCUAGUUUAGUGUUAAGGUAGUGGCAUCGACCUGCGAAGGGCGGACGCGUCUUCUAAAGUCUACGCCAGGCCAGAAUCAACAACCACAAGACGGUAGUUCGUCGUUCUAGACGUAAAGUCUGUGAUAAACCCAGUUCCAUUCAUCAUCACAAAAAUUAACCUUACCUACUCAUAAUGUUGCAUGCGAUCGUCUUAGGUUCCUGAUUACGCUUGUGGUUGUUUCAUUUUAGGCAGGAUUAGUUAAUAGGUCAGGUUUUUUGGUAUUGGCUGUCAAAAUGCUGGCUUGGCUGAGGCGCGUCGACUCUUGGAGUAGGUCAAUGAUAGUGAGCUGUUGCGGGGACCAUUCGGCCACGGGGACUGUGUAAGGCACUUUGAGGGAUGUCCUCACAGCAUAUACAGUCUCCGUGGCCAGGGUCUGUCUGCGGGCGACAGCGUGGCGCGCCCAGUGCUGCCCGGCGCCGCCGCCGAUAAUGCUCAAGCUUUUUUAUAAUGUGACAUUCCCAAUUCGUUUUUAUGUUUGUAAAUAUGUAUUAUAGCGGAAUUUUUGUAUAAAAUAAAAGAAUAGUUAAAUUAUAA